CGCAUGGCUUCCCCUCCGCCCCGUCCGCCUACCUUCAAGGCGAAGGCCCUGGGAGCGCAGGUCAUGCCUACGAUGGUCACCAGCUUUUCACCUAUUGGACUGGGCAUAUCACUUGCGGCCGCUAAGGAGAGUGAACGACGCACUGGAGUUCACAAAUCUCUGACCGUGAACCGUCUGCCCACUAUCGCUGUCCCUCCCAGGUCUUACUCGACGUCUUAUUACUUCUGAGCCUCGCUUGAUGCCACCGACUGCCUUUUCUCUAUAUGCCUCGUUUGUCAAUGCUCUUCAUCACCGG